AUGUCACCGCCACGCGUGGCCGUCAUCGGGGGUGGCGUCGCUGCUUGCUCUCUCGCGCACGGACUGCGCGACAGCCUCGCCUCCAGGGCGGUGUCCCUCCACGUCUUUGAGAUGGGCAGAGCGUCGGGAGGUCGAGCGGCGACGCGCGGAACGCGAGACGACCCCGGCCUUCGAGUCGACCACGGCGUUCCCGCCUUCGCCGCGCUGACGCCUGAGUUCGGCGCCCUCUGCGAGAGCCUCGUGGCCGCCGACGUGCUGCGACGCUGCGACGGCGACGGCUCAGCCUUCGGCGUGCUGCGGAGCUCCGGCACUUUUGAGGCGGAGGACGCGGCCGGUGCCCCGACGAGGUAUCGGCCACCGGUCGGCAAGGGCAUGAACGCUCUCUGCGACGGCCUGCUCGGUGGCGAGUCCACGCUCGCCAACUUCACGCCCAGCACGAUGGUGACGAAGGUCGAGCCGGUCGCAGCACAGUGGAGGCUGACCUCGAAGGGCGGCGUCGACCUGGGUACUUUCGACUGGCUCGUCGUCUCCUCGACGGGCCUCGCGCACCCUCGCUGGCGCACCACCUUUGGCGGAGAGCCUCCCCUCGUCGAGGCUGCCGCGGCUCUCGGCGACACUGCGCUCGACGCAACCCUCGCCGCCCUCGUCCCGCUGCAGUCCAAGCCCGCUGCGAUGCUUGCAUACGGCUCCGACGCGGCGGCCGCGUGGGCGUCGCUCCCCUUCUUCAAGGCGCAGGUGGAGGCGGACCCCGUCCUCUCUCGCAUCGUCGUCCAGCGCGUCAGCCAAAGCCUGACCGCCGUGGUGCUGCACUCCACCCACGAGUUUGCCCGCUCGGCGGCGCACGUGUACGGCGCAACCUCGACCGCCGCGCGCAUCGCCGGGGCAAAGUCGGACGCGGGCGAGGAGGGACGCAUCCUCGACGCGAUGCUGGUCGCGGCGGAGAAGCGGCUGGGUGGCCUGCUCGGUCCUGCGGCGGCGAUCCGCAGCCCGGCCUGGGGCCCGCACCUGCACCGCUGGGGGGCGGCCUUCCCGGACGCGCCCCUCCUGCCUGAGGGUCGGGCCGUGGUCCCGAGCGCGCGGGUCGCCUUCUGCGGCGACUUCGUGGAGGGCGGCGAGGGGCGAGGGGGCAGCGUCGAGGGCGCGGCGCUGAGCGGGCUGCGCCUGGCGAAGGCGCUGCAGCGCGAGAUCGGGGGACUGUGCGGCGCGGAUUGAUGACGACUCUGGUGCCUUUGAUCUCAUCGUUGCAGCCAGCGUUUGGCGCAUAUGGCGGCGCCCUGUCUUCUCCUGCAUGUGCAUGUGCAUGUAGCAUAUCUGAGCAUGUGUGCACAUGUACAUCAAUCAUCAUGUUCGAUGUUGUUGUGUGUGCAUGUGCAUGCCAAAUGCAAAAAAUAGGAGGAAGUGCA